UCCUGAUAGACGCUACCUGAAGGACCAUAUCUCCGAUUUCAUCCUGUCCGUUUCGGUUGGCAUCCCGGGCCUAACCUAGGUCCGGUAAGCCCAUCCGUUAAAUCCGGACCAAACUAGGAAACACAAACUCCGGAGGAGCGACGAUGUCUAGCACGUAUCUUUGACUUAUAAUGUUUUACGGCUGGCUUUUUCAUUAUCUGUAAAUAAAUAUAUCCAGCGUAGCACGUACUUUUCUGUCGAAAUGACUAUAGAUAACAAGCAUACGUCUUCGCUUUCUGAUAGUGGGAUAAUACCAAGACAGCCAUGACUGCAAAUUAUGCUAAGGAUCAGCCUGAUGGCUUUACCAACCGCAUAGAGAAGAUCGCCAUCGUGGGGGCUGGUGGUCAGAUAGGGAGCGUCCUGACUGAGCACUUGCUCAAGAGUGGCAAGCAUACCUUAACAGCCAUAACGCGGCCUAGCAGCACUAAAAAGCUUCCCGAAGGCCUUCAAGUUGCUCGCGUCAACUAUAGCGGUGACGACGACACCGAACUUGUAGAGGUGCUUCGCGGGCAGCAGGUCUUGAUCAUUUCUAUGUCAGUCCACGCUCCAAGGGACAGUGUCAGCAAGCUUGUACGCGCAGCCGCCAAGGCCGGUGUGUCGUACAUCCUACCCAACUGGUUCGGGCACGACGCCGCCAACGACGCGCUAUGCGAAGAUAGCAUGCUGAAGGCCUCGCGGGACAGCAUCACCUCGGAGAUCGAAAGCCUUGGCGCCAGCUCGUACAUCCUUCUCGUGUGCAACUUCUGGUACGAGUUCAGCCUCGGCGGCGGACCCGACCGCUUCGGAUUCGACUUUAACAAGCGCACGUUCGUCGAGCUUGGGGACGGCACGGUGCCCAUCCGCACGAGCACGUGGCCGCAGUGCGGGCGGGCCGUCGCCGCGCUUCUCAGCCUCAAGGAGUUCCCGGACGACGGGGCGGAUAUGUCGCCCACGCUGUCGCAGUUCCGCAACGGCUGCGUGUACGUCUCGAGUUUCCGCCUUGCCCAGCGCGAUAUGUUCGAGAGCGUGAAGCGCGUCACUGGCACCGCGGAUGCCGAUUGGACUGUUACCCGCGAAUCUGCCGAGGAGCGCUGGGGGCAGGGCAGGGCUGCUCUGCAGGAGGGGAACUGGAAGCUCUUUACUAAGAUGCUGUAUAGUCGCAUGUUUUUCCCACAUGGCGACGGUGACUACAAGGGGGAGCUCCAUAAUGACUUGCUUGGCUUGCCUGUCGAGGAUUUAGAUGAGGCUACGGCCGUAGGCGUCCGGAUGGGAGAAAGUGGCGAGGUGCCGUUUUCGCAUUAAAGGGGGGUGGGUGGUGUUGCUGGUAAUAUGGUGGUAUUUAUCUCACGAACCUUUCAGGGCUAGCAACAAGAGAGUAGCUUUUAUGUGACUCUCUUUCUUCUUGUUCGAACCUAUAAUAUCAUUCGGCUUACGCGUGGGUUUCAUUCGUAGUAGAAUCGAUCUUCCUGUCGUUACCCCUUAUUUAGCAUCUUCCUCGUCUCAUACGUAGCUCUGUAUACGGAUAGCACUUUAACCUAGUUGAAUCAAAAUGUCGUUUUUUA